AUGUCGCAAUUCUACGCUCGCUAUAUACCAACAGCGUCAAAGCCGAUAACAUCUCGACAUGAUUCUCCCAAACUCGAGAAGCGGAAACGAACCCAGGACGAGCACUCUACCAAGAGCAAGAAACGGCUGAAGAACGACCGAGCAGAUGAAUCUCAAGCAGCAGGAGUGACGGCAGGAAGUGCCAAGUUGAAAAUUCCCAAGGAGGCGAACUUCAAAGCCGCCGAAAAUAAGGCAGCAUUGGUUGAAGACAGCUCAUUGGGCCUCAACACGAGUGAAGAUGAAUUAAAAGCUGCGAACGAGGAACUACACGAAGCUGUAGAGACGGAAGUCACAGGCUCGAGACCCAAGACCAAAGCUAAGAAGCGGAAGAACGAGCACCAGCACCCCGAUGAAGCAGACGAGGAAUACAACAAGAAGCAUGGUGGUGUGCUAUCUAAAUUCAACAGAGCGCUGGCGGAGAGACCUGCUGUCCCGGAUCCAGAAGAUGAAGAGACUGCGAAGCAAGCAAACGAGCUGCACGGACUAGAGCCCAUACCGCAACCAGAGGUGGUCGAUGUACCAGUACAAAAGCCAACAUAUUCGGUCUUACCAUCGUGGCAGUCGAACGCUGUCAGAGUCGUACACAGGCAGACGAAAAAGUUCUCAGACUUUACCAUUGCUGCCUCAACAGUCGAGAACUUGAGAAAGCACGGGCUUGAGAAAUCAUUCCCGAUACAGACUACGGUACUUCCGCUGCUGCUUGAAGGAUCCGAGAAGCAUGAGGGCGACGUAUGUGUUUCUGCAGCAACCGGGUCGGGUAAGACCUUGGCGUACGUGUUGCCGAUGAUCGAGGAUCUGAAAGAGUACUCCGACACAAAGUUACGCGGUGUGAUAGUCGUACCAACGAGAGAGUUGGUCCAACAAGUGCGAAAAACCUGCGAAAGUUGUGCAGCGGGGACAAAAUUGAAGAUUGCUACCGCAUCUGGGAACAAGACCUUGAAGGGCGAGCAAAACCUGGUAGUUGCGGAGGAAGAGGUCUACGACCCAGAAAGAUGGGAGAGAGAACAGAGAGCGCCUGUAGACUGGAGCAGCUUUUCAGUGGCUGACUUCAUUCAAGAAGCACGGGAGCGGCGACAGCCAAGCUCAAUCCACUUCGUCAAGCAACUCGGGUCCAAAGUUGAUAUACUAAUCACCACUCCCGGCAGACUCGUUGACCAUCUACGCUCAACACCCGGCUUCAAUCUGGACCAUGUCAAAUGGCUCGCCGUUGACGAGGCUGAUCGUCUACUGAACGAAAGCUACCAAGAAUGGAUUGACGUCGUGGUGCCAGCGCUACGCUCACAAGCGGCAACUGCUGAACGCGACCGACUGCUCCGGCACAUGCGAAUGCAGGCACCUCCCCGAGAUGUCAGGAAGGUACUGCUAUCGGCCACCAUGACAAGAGAUAUCUCUAAGCUCAACUCGAUGGGCCUAGUCAAUCCAAAGCUAGUGGUGCUUGGACAUCCUCCUUCGCAGCCCAAGGAAGUUGUGUGUUCAGACAACGACGCCAAUGGACCCCCUGUAGCUGCGGACGGUGCAUUCCACCUCCCAUCCUCACUUACAGAGUUCGUCAUACCAAUCAAGGAUGGGUAUGAAAAGCCUAUGUACCUGCUGGAGCUAUUGCAAAGCCGAAUAUUGCACAGUCUGCCGAAGACAGUCAAUGCGAGUGACUCCAAACCCGAGGAUGGGUCCGAGAGCUCGACUUCCGCCUCCGAGACCGACUCGUCCACGGACAGCGACACCGACACCGACACCGACAGUGAUUCCGAUUCUGAUGAUUCGGUGUCCUCCUCAAGCUCUGCAGAGCGUCGAGACAAAAAGUCCAGUCCGGCGAUUGAGGCCAGCUCCCGAACCUCUGCAACCCGCGUUCUAAUCUUCACACGCUCUACGGCCGCCACGCUCCGACUCUCACGCCUUCUGUCACUCUUAUACCCUGAGAUUGCGCCCCUCAUCAGCACCCUCACCAAAUCCACCGCUUCCUCCUCUUCCUCACGUCACGCCCUCUCCUCGUUUCGGUCCGGGCGGACCCCCGUCCUGAUCGCUACGGACCGAGCGUCUCGCGGCCUGGACAUCUCGGAAUUGUCCCAUGUCGUUAGCUACGAUGUACCUAGUAGUGCGUUGACGUACGUGCACCGCGUAGGCAGGACUGCGCGGGCGGGUAAGGAGGGCACUGCGUGGACGAUCGUGGAGCACCGGGAGGGGAGGUGGUUCUGGGGCGAGAUCGGAGGCAAGGGCAGCGAGAAUGCAAUAGAAAGGGAUGGGAAGGUGCAAAAGGUGCAGAUGGAGGUGGAUAUGGAGGCUUGGAAGGAGAUCUAUGAGGAUGCUUUGGCGAAGCUUGGUGAUGAGGUCAAGGGAACCUGA